AUGAAGCGUAAACAGGAUCAAGCUUCCAAGAGAAGAGCUAAAAGGAAGCGAUUGUUGAAGGAUUUAAGAAAAAGAAUGGAGAAGUUCGAAAGAUCAAUGGGAAGUUCCUCUUCAAGUCAGAACUCGAAAUCUUUAGAUUCAGAGGGUGAAUCAGGAAACUCAUCUGAUAACGAUAGGUUAAGAGAGGAGGGAGAAGUGUCCCUAAGUGUGAUUUUAGGGGAUGAACCGAAGUCGAUUAGAGGGAAGGGCCCUCCUCUAUGUGAGGCCUUGGUUAACUGGUGGUCCAGUUACUUGGGUGCGGGGCUAGAGAAGGAUGUCAGGGAGGCUCUCUCCAUGAAAUAUAAGAAGCCAAAAAACUGCCCAUUGUUAGUUGCCCCAAAACUUAAUCCAGACAUUAAGGCGUCGUUGACUUCAACUUAA